UAUGUGCACGCAGGAAUUACACACGCGAUCGAGGUUACGGUAUGUUGACAUUUAGUUCAGCUCGGAGUGAAAGAUCUUACGAAAAUGGCUUCAGGGUCGACAGAUUUGCGUUUCAAGCUCGACUCUCAUCAUCGUCGGAGUCACCACAAGCAGAAUCGUCGACUGCCAAGCAGCGAUGACUCCGAUUUUACAUUUACAUCGCGGCGAAAGAGACGACGACGUGACCGCUACCAUCAUCAGUGGCAGUCGAAAUCAUUCGAAGAUGAAAUGGAGGAAGUGAAGAAGAUUCACUCCGGUGUGUCUCAGAUUCAACUUUUCACUGAAGAAGAAUGCAGCGAGAUCGAGGACAAAAUCAACGAGGUUGUGGACAUCGCCGCGAAGGGACUCUACCGAGAUCAUACAGUCGAUCGAGCUCCCCUUCGCAACAAGUACUUUUUUGGAGAGGGCUACACUUACGGCUCGCAGCUGACCAAGAAGGGACCGGGACAGGAACGAUUGUACCCGCGAGGUGAAGUGGAUGACAUACCGCAGUGGGUCCAGGACCUUGUCAUCAGCAAGGUUGUUGAAGCAGGAUUGAUUCCUCAUGGAUUCAUCAACAGUGCUGUCAUCAACGACUACCAGCCAGGAGGUUGCAUCGUCUCUCAUGUUGAUCCAAUCCACAUCUUUGACAGGCCUAUCAUCUCGGUGUCGUUCCUCAGUGACUGUGCCCUAAGUUUUGGCUGCAAGUUCUCCUUCAGGCCGAUCAGGGUGUCUAAACCCAAGGCCUGCAUCCCCCUGCCCAGAGGAUGUGUUAUGACUCUCAGUGGAUAUGCUGCCGAUGAAGUCACCCAUUGUAUCAGACCACAAGAUGUCACAUCAAGGAGGGCUGUUAUCAUUCUCAGACGAGUUUUUCCAGAAGCUCCGAGACUGGAGCCUGUUAGCUUAUCCUCUCCCAAACCUAUAUCAUCAUCAUCCAGCAAUGAUGCUAAAAAACAUGGACAUGAAAAACAUGAUAAAAAGGAUGAAAGGGCAUCCUCAUCUCAUUCACGGCAUCAUCGGCAUCAUCACCACCACCAUCACCAUAGCAACCAUGGGAAGGAGGAUGCGGAUGAGAUCAAGGGUAAGGUUAAGUCCUCGAUAGCAGUGGUUGGAACCGGAGAUGGAGCAGCACCCUCAAAUGGGGUUGAAAGUCAUCCCAGCUGGCUGGAAGAUGAUGAUGAGAAGAGAAAGGGUGCGUCCAGGAGGUCUCCAAGGAAAGGCUCAUCCUUGAGGCGGUCACAGGGGGAUGAGGCAAGUCACAGCCAAAGGAAUGACAAAAACAAAAAUGGACAUAGUAGGCCUCGAAAGAGACCAGCAGAAGAGAGAGAUGAGGAUGAUAGGGAUGCUAGCAUCGGACAUCACCAUGGCAACAAGAAAGUAAAGAUCAACAGACAUCCACCCAUUGUUUGAAUUCAAAGAUUAUUGAAAAUGGAAUUGAACUAACCCCAGUCAAGCAAGAGUUUAAUGUGAUGUUCAAAGUACCUAUCUGAGUUUUAUUUCCUGUUUAACAAGUUGGUACUGUGCAUUAUCUGAGAAAGGACAGAUUUCUAUUCAUAUUUAAAUACUGCAUGUAUCUAAAAGUAUGGGCUAUUGACACGAGAAAGGCUAGUUGUUUUCCAUAAUUCAUUUAUUUCCAAUGUAUGAAUGGACAACCAAAGCAAACUGUACCACCUACAUUCAGAUCUCCACAAAGAGGAAUCUAUAAAAUUUACAAAUGAUCAGUGGUAUUGGAACUUGUUAUUUAAUUUGCCAUACACGAACAAAGGAAACUCAUAUUCAUUUACAAAGGACUUCUUUCCAUUCUUUUGGUUUUGAAUAAUAUUGUUUUUAAAUGACCAUUAGAUAUUCAUGAGAUAUAGUGCUCUGUCAUGGC